UUUUCUUGGUGUUUUCAUUAUGAAUAUGAAGCCACUCCAAGGAUUUGGUGUCUCCAAAGUUGUGGAUUCUGAUAAUCCCAAUUUCAAGCCUGGCGACUUCAUUUCAGGGAUCACCGGAUGGGAAGAAUACAGCUUGAUUCGCACAACUGAGCUGUCGAGAAAAAUUAAGCCAAAUGACAUCCCUCUAUCAUACCAUGUGGGUCUUCUUGGUAUGCCAGGUUUCACUGCAUAUGCAGGAUUCUAUGAGGUCUGCUCCCCUAAGAAAGGGGAAUCUGUUUUAGUUUCUGCUGCUUCAGGAGCCGUUGGGCAGCUUGUUGGCCAACUGGCUAAAUUGCAUGGGUGCUAUGUAGUUGGAAGUUGUGGCUCAAGCCAAAAAGUAAGGAAUAAGCUUGGGUUUGAUGAAGCGUUUAACUACAAGGAAGAGCCAGACCUGGGUGCAGCUUUGAAAAGGUACUUUCCUCAAGGCAUUGACAUUUACUUUGAUAAUGUGGGAGGGGACAUGCUUGAUGCAGCACUUGUUAACAUGAAAAUUCAUGGUCGAAUUGCUGUUUGUGGAAUGGUCUCUGAGAAAAACCUCUCUGAUCCCCAGGGCAUCCGCAACGUAUACAAUCUCAUAACAAAGCGUAUCAGGAUGCAGGGAUUCCUGCAAAGUGAUUACAUACACUUGUUCCCACGCUUCUUGGAACAUGUCAUUAGUUACUACAAGCAAGGUAAGAUUGUUUACAUCGAAGACAUUAAUGAAGGCUUGGAAAGUGCUCCAUCUGCUUUUGUUGGGCUAUUUUUGGGAGAGAAUGUUGGUAAGCAAGUCAUUUGUGUAGCCCAUGAAUGAUUCUAGCCUAUCAAAACAAAACAUGUAUUGAAUAUUAUAUUUUAAUAAAUAAGACAUGACCAAGUUGAGGCAA